AUGAAACCAGAAGACCUCUUCACUACCCUGCCCCGAGAUUGGAAUUGCAUAACCCUUCCAAUGCAAGACGCUGACGCCUUCCACCGCGACAUACUUGAGCUCAGUCGGGUGGCACGGGACAGACAGGAUUUUACCCGACUGCUCGCAGAGCGGAGGGAUGCUAGGCAGCAAGAGCUGUGGAACAUCUGGUUUUACACAUUCCGACGCCUCGCAAGCUCCCCCCGCUUGAUAGACGAGAGAUGUGGGAGCUGGCCUCACGCAAUGCACAUAUACCACUCCAAGUCUUUCGACUCGUAUGUCCGUUAUUUUGCCGAGCUCCUGCCUCCGAUCGAGCCAAAUACCGAUAUCACGUCCAGCGUCGGACUCCCAACCGCGGCGGAAGCGACAACUAAACCUACACACUGCAAACACACGGCACCCUCCGACUCAGCUGCCACGCCUGCAAACAACACACCGUCAGAGGCCGAGGUGCAAGAUUUGCGUAGCAAUAUUAGCUCGAGGCCUCGCAGGAACAAGAAUCGGUUCUCUAAUAAAGUUCAGGAACCAGCCCAUGGCAUCAAUCGGGGCCUCAGGCGCAGUUCUCGUAUCAAGGACCGCAAUGAGCGCAGCUUGGCUGGUGGCGGCACAGGAUUCAGGUGA